GACAACUCUUUCUUAUUCAGCAUAUUUAUGAAAAUUUCAAGUGGAAAUAUUUUUAGCUACGCAGCAUUAUGGCCGAGGAUACUAACAAGAUGGAUAUCCGACAAAACUCCUGCACUUUUCGAUUGUGGUCCAGAUGUACAAGACCGAAGCAUAUGUGCUGUGGACCCUAUCGAUCCUGAACAAUGUUACGCAGAGCCUCGCGUGGUCAUUAUUGGAGCUGGGAUGGCUGGCCUCACUGCUGCCGCAAGACUUGCCAAGCGAGGGAUCUCUAAUCUCGUUGUGUUAGAAGCCUACGAAAGACCUGGAGGCCGUAUACACUCUUGUUGGAUAGGAGACGUAGUAGCAGAGCUCGGUGCUGGUAUUCAAGAUCCGGAUUACUGUUCUCCGCACCCAGUCUAUACUAUGUCGGCAAAAGAAAUGCCACCGCGUCCCGGUUUACCCGGAGUGGAACAUUCAAGAGGGCUUUUUGAACGAGUUGCUACUGGAAAAAUGUCAUUUCCUUCGACAAUAUCGGCUUAUUAUAAAUUCCGUCAGAUUGAGAAAGAAGCUUCUAAAAUAUUUUGCCUCGGUGGCAGUAAGCAACAUGGAUCGUUAAUAAAUUUUAUGAGUUUGAGGAUUCAACAAGAGCUACACGAAUAUCCGGAAGAACAACAGCAUGACGCAGCGCGAAUAUUAUUUGGACUGGCGCAUAUGCUAAGUGCGCGAUGUGGGGAUGAUACUGCGAUGUUGUACGGUGAUCAUUCAGGAUGCUACAUGAACAUGCCAGGUGGAGAUGUGCGCGUUCCUCUGGGGGUAGCGGGCAGCCUGGCGCCUUUAUUACGUCAGAUACCUGAAGGAGCAAUCCGCUAUUGUAAACCUGUGAAUUGUGUAUAUUGGGGUACUUGCCAGAAAGCAGGAUGUCGAGCGACGGUGUGCACUACUGAUGGGGAAGAGUUCCCUGCUGAUUAUGUUAUCACCACAGUUUCUUCGGGAGUUUUAGCGGCGAAUGCUGCACAAAUGUUUUGUCCAGCAUUACCGAGUUCAAAAAUUGAUGCAAUUAGAUGCCUUGGGUUUGGUUAUGUGAAUAAAAUUUACAUGGAAUACUGUCACCCAUUUUGGUUUUGGCAUAAAGGUGAUAUUAACUUUAAAUAUACCUGUAACAGUUUGAUGAACCGCACUGAUUGGACUCGUGGCAUCACGUCCAUACGUGCGGCAACUAAUAGUAAGCAUGUGAUAAGUGCAAUGGUUGUUGGUAAAGAGGCUUGGCUAAUGGAGGGUAUAUGUGAUAAAGAUGUAGCUGAAGGCGUAACAGAUCUUUUAAGGGCAUCUACAGGCAAUUCAUUCGUACCUUAUCCAGUUAGCUUAAUACGAUCGCAUUGGGUGUCAGAUCCUUACUUUCUUGGCGCUUACUCCUAUGAUUCAAAAUGUACCGAUGGGGACACGCAAAGAGCUUUAGCUUGUCCAUUACCAGGAUUAGGUGAUUCAAUUCCGCCUAUUCUUCUUUUUGCUGGGGAAGCAACAGUUCCUGGAUAUUUUGCUACUUUAGAGGGGGCUAAGAUUAGUGGUGUAAGGGAAGCAGAACGAGUUAUUCAGUUAACUCUACGUUUUAAAGGUCCUCCACUACCAGCUACGCAAACGGCGCAAGCAAGAAAUAAACUUAAAUGUGAAAAUUAAAUGAAGAUGUUUGUUUAGAAUAAGUAAUAAGUAGGUACGUACUUAUUGAUCUGUUGCUGUGUAACUGUUUUUAGACCACUAAUUUACGCUUAGUAAAUUUUGGUGCAGUUUGCUCUGGUUCAGUUAACA